AUGAAACUAGAAGUACAAGAGGAGCACAAUGAAUCAUUUGUAAAGGAACAUCUUCAACUAGCAGUCAAUGCAUUGCAUAAUCGAUUGCCUUCAAAUUCCAAGGUUUUCAAGCUCAGUGAUUUUAGCAAUAAGAAAUCAAAAGAUGAAAGGUGGUACAGUUCUUUCUACACGUCACCAAGAGGCUAUAGGAUGAAAUUGGAUGUUCAUGCUAAUGGUGAUGGUAAUGCUGAAGGUACUAGUGUGUCUUGCUUCAUUUAUCUUGUAAAAGGAGAAUAUGAUGAUAAUUUAGAGUGGCCAUUUCAAGGAGAAGUCACUAUUGAGCUAUUGAACCAACUGGAGGAUAACAAUCACAAGGUAUGUACUAUGAAAUUCAAUGAGUCAACACCAGACCGUUGUAAGAAUAGAGUUGUAGAAGGAAGAAAUGGUCAUGGCUGGGGUCGUCCUAACUUUGUUCCUCAUUCUGAGUUAGGCCACAAUGCUGACACCAACUGUUGCUACCUCCUCAAUGAUUGUCUUCAUUUUAGAAUAACUGUGAACGCUACCUACAAUAAACCAUGGCUUGUUUGA